GGGGUAGCUUGGGUGCAGCUUUACGGUCUUUUGCGCAGUCUAUCCCCAUCAACAUACCUCGAGCCGAGUUGUCACAGAGGGUCAUUAUGACUGACCGGAGAAGGGUCAACGGCCCAGUGGGAACUACUCUGCCGCCCAUCUACGACAGUCCCGCCCCAUCGCGGAGUCGCACCGAGAAACCUGAAAAUGCCAUUCGCAAGAUAUUCUUGAAAACAGGCGUCACACCGUCUGCCUCUGGGUCCGCCUACCUGGAAUUAGAGAACCCCAAUGCGACGGGCCCUAGCAACACAAGCCUCAAGUUAACCUGCACCGUCCACGGCCCACGGGCUCUCCCACGAUCCGCGCCUUUCUCUCCCCAUAUCAUCUUGACGACACACGUCAAAUACGCACCAUUUGCGACGAAACAGCGCCGCGGCUAUCUGCGGGAUGCGAGCGAGCGAGAUCUCGGCGUACACCUGGAAACGGCGCUGCGGGGCGCCAUCAUCGCAGACCGCUGGCCCAAGAGCGGCGUCGAUAUCAUCGUCACGAUAAUAGAGGGCGAUCAAGACCGCAAUGCGCCCGAGAACCAGCACGGAGAGGGCUGGGACACGAUGAAUGUGCUGAGCGGGUGCAUCACCGUGGCCUCGGCGGCGAUCGCUGACGCGGGGAUUGACUGCGUUGAUACCGUGGCCGGAGGCGUCGCGGCGCUGGUCGCCAAGGACGCAAGCAGCCCGCCCUCUGUUGUUCUCGACCCCGCUGUUGCCGAUUACCACAAGAUCUACGCGGCUUGUUGCAUCGCGUACCUACCUGCGCGAGACGAGGUCACGAAUAUCUGGUUCAAAGGCCAGUUGCCGGGCGCUGAUGUCAUGCUGUACAAUAACCUGGUCGAGAGGUCCUUGGUUGCAUGUCGUAAUGCGAACCACGUUAUUGUCACGGCUUUGAAACAGAGUAUUCACCCCGAGCAAGAGGUAUCAUGAUCUCACCAACUUCGACAAACGAUUAUUUGAAACAUAUCGGAACCAGAGCGGGUACAGCCUAGCAAGUUAUAUGUUGUGCGACCCAAUAGGUUAAAGUAUAUGAAAGCCCAUUCAGAACUACGCGAGGAGGACACGAGUGCCGAUGGCGAUACCAUUGACAUCAAGUGCUUCGAUACGAUACCUGCCUAGCGCGUGCUAAGGUAAUAUUCAUGUUGAGGAUGCCUCCAUCGAGCUUCGGAAGGGCAUAAUCCACCUACAGGACAGCAGCUCAGCAAGAGCUACAACUUCAAACCUAAUGAUGGUUUUAAGGAGGAAGUGUCUGUCGUGAAAGCAACAACGAGAAUGCAGUUGGUUAGCUCGAAACCACGCGAGCAGACAUCAUUUGAAAGGAUUAAGAAUUAUAUAAGCCCAUUGGCUUUAGUGCCCAGUCUCAUCCUAAGCCACAACUCUUUUCCUCGAAGUGGGAAAUGUAGAUGACAUCAAUUAGCCAAGAUAAAAUAUCAGCCAAACACGCCAAGCUGGAUAUUUGUAUAUAACGCGAGCCCAUAGGUCAGAUACCAAGAAUGGAAAUCUCAAGGGAACCAAACUUUCAAUAGGCCAAAACUAGGACAAAAUCCUAUUUCCACAAGGCG